AGAAAUUUCUGUGAGGACGUUCGAGCAGCUGUUUUUUAAUUAAUUGAUGUCCUUCAAAAUCUAGGCCGUCAGGUGGUGAUCGUUGAUGUGUCAGGGGAGCACUUCGUCACUUUUAGCAGACUGAGAGGCACCUGGACGCUAUGAACCUCCACGAUUUUUUUCGAUCUUUCAUGGGCUUUCCACCGCGCAGGGAACCGAGUUUGGGAGACCCACCAUACCCGGACAAUGGUGGUUUAGGACGGGACGACAACCCAUACGAAGGCUCAAUGUUCGGCGACCCGUGGGAUAUGUUCAGGCACCUUGACAGCGUCUUCCGCAACUUCGGGCUGACUGAGUUUCCUCCUUUCCCCCAUGGAACCGACGUACCCGCUGUAGAAGGACCAGAUCCUGGCGAGACAGGCCACUUGCGUGAUCACAUGCUCAAAGUUCCGGACUACCGUGAUCCAUUCCUGAGAGCUCCAGACAUGUUUCCUCACCUGCCCCCUGGACCUGCCCAGCCAGAGGAGAAUCCUUAUAAAGAUAUAGAUCUGGAUGAGCAUGUGGCCAGGAGUGGCCUGGACAGCCUGUUGGCCCCAGUCCCAUUUGAGGCACCUCAGCAGGUUCCUGACUGGGGAGGCAGCAGCAGUUCACUGCGCACCUUCUCUUCACACAAUGGGAAAAUUCAGGAACGCACAGUUGUCCGGGAUGCCCAAGGCAAUGAGGAAGUUACAGAGCGCCGGAGCCUGGGUGACCAGUCUAUGACUGUUCGUACCAUCAAGAGACCAGAUGGAGUCACAGAAACUCAGGAACAGUAUGUAAACAUGGAUGAAGGCGAUAAGGCAGCAUUCGAACAGAUGUGGCAGGGAUCAUCAGCAAUUCCCUCUGACCACAGUAUGACCGAUGGAACCAUCUUCCGCAGGCUAUUUGGCUUCCGUCCACAAAGCAGGCCGCAAUAAACAGCGCUUUUCGACCUUAGAAUUGCAUGUCCGCAACAAAACACACAUGCACAAUAGGCGAUACUUGCGUAACGAAGCAGGGUGGAUAUUAGAUUUAAUUCAAAAAUAGAAAUGCAGACCGUGUGACAGUGCUUAUAAACAAGUGUAAAAUGGAGUCUGUAUUUGAAGAGAGAUUAAUGAAAAAUGCACUACUAAGACGUGCUAUAGCUGAAUACUAAUUAAGCCAUACUUGCGAGGUUCUUGCAAACACAAAUUGGAGCUACACGAACACUGAAAAAUUUGCCCAGGCCUACGUAUCCCUAGGUGCAACUCUGAGAUAUUGUUGAUUUACACUGUGGAUCUUGGGGAAACAUAAAUGUAAGCACAUUUAACAUACUUUCGUGCUAUAAAAUGCUCACAUUAGAAAUAUUUUUAAGCAUACUGCAGUAGAUAGUUUUUACUGUCACUUGUUACCAUGCCUUAAAGGUUGCAAGCUUUUGUAAUGAAGAGAAUUUUGUGCUCGUAUAUGCUAGUCACAAUGCGCAUUUUUUCUCUGUGCAAAAGCUGACCCAAGUUCUUUCUCGUCUCUUCCCUUUGUGUCCAGCUUCUCUGAACUAAUGUAAAGAACUGUGAUAGAACAACAUAUACAGUGUGCUUUAUAAUAAACUGCUUCUGCUCUGCUCUUUAUCCAAAAGACUUCAGAGGCAGGUUACAAUAUAGUUCUGUCACACCUGUGAUCUUUCGUUUUCACUUAUUAACACCUUACAGCUUUUGAUAGAAGUCACUGCUCUAAUUUUUCUUUAUUAUGAUAAUUGGAGUUUAUUGGUACAAGGGCCAGAUGUGGCCAAAGAGUGCCAUAAUUGUUCUUUAAUUAUAGCUCCAAAAUCUUAUUGUUGCUUGCAUUUUGUAUUUAUUUGCUUGAUGCAUGCCUAAAUUUGUCUUUGUGGGGUUAUGGUGGUGGUGGUGGCACUGCUAUUCUGCUCUUUGGGUUCAAUUCGUGUGUAUUUUUCACUUGAGCCAUGUACCCGUGUUUCAUGUGCUAAUAAAAAAUGCAUUUACUAUUUGC